UUGCCUUCGAUGUGAGUUUUGCCAGAGAAUGCGAGGUUUUACUUAAAUAGAUAGCAAGCUCGAGAGGUCCAGAUCUGGACUGGUGCUGUGCACAAUUUGUGUUUCGAGAAGGCACCAUUCCGCUGGCUCGGUCUGGUUUUAAUUUCAUGAUGCGGAGAUCCAGACCCAUGUCAGCGGUACACCUGUGAACAAGCGGCUAUCUGUAUGGAUCCAGCCUCAAUUUUGGACCUGAGUACUUACUACACAGGUCAUCCUAGCUCUUGAAUUAGCACCUCGGGCGCCUUAGGACUGCUCGACCAAUCUGGUCAGACCAGCAAGCCAGAAUCCGGCGGUAGAGGUCUUUGAAUUCGGCAGGGGCCAUGGAAUCGGAGGCGAGAGAUGUUUCCGACGAGCAGAGCGACACUUGCGAUGAUUUCCAGUUCGAAGUUAUACCGAGUUCUGUUUGGGACGGCAAGCUGUCUCUCCUGAGCAGUCAUUACUUCAUCGUGACGCAGCCAGAUGCAGGAUACGACCUGCAGAAAUGGCCUCCACUGGCAAGAGUGCUGCUGUUUUUGAUGCUCAGGCUGAAGCCCGAGCCUCUGUACAAUCCGGAUGAGAUUCCCUCAACCAUCGAGGAUCUGAAUCUGGACGAGCUCGAGCAGUUGAUCGACGACUCAUCGGAACUAGACAUAGAAUACCACGAGGAAGAGAUUUGCGAAAUCAUAGGACGGGUUCUCUCGCGACGGCCAUUUCCAAAGCUGGAGAAGCUGAUGCUCCGCGAGGAGAAGCAAUGCCGCAGCGUAUUGUACAGCCUGACGGCCGGGCACAUUCCCAACCUGUCGUCUCUCACUCUCUUGGACUUGUGCAUGGGAGCAGAGGAAAUCGAUCUCCUCGUCAAAGCCAUCGACCUCGGUCACUUGUCGAAGCUGACGAACCUCGUGAUCGACGACAACGGAUUCGGCAACGAGAUUAUCUGCGCUCUCGGGAGAGCUGCAGAGAGGGGAGACUUCCAAAAUUUAGAGGUCCUCAGGUUGACGCAAGCUUGGAGAUCCUGGACAUGGCUCGCAGGAGAAUACGGGUCUCUCUACGAGACGGAAGAGGUGGCAGCGCCCCAAGCGCCGCAAGCGGUCGAAGCGAAGGUCGAGGACGUCGACAAGGGCAAGGGAGAGGCGGAGGAGCUGGAGGAGGGCGUGGACCCUGACCAGGAAACGGACGAGACUGCGAGGCUGCCCGGCUGCGAGGAGGACUCGAUCCUGCCGAGCAUCGAGCAGCUGAAGAGGGAUGUGGGAGACGAAGGAGCCAAGGCGAUCGCCAAGGGGCUCAAGGCGGGCAAAUUGGAUUCGCUCAAGGCCCUGGAUCUGUGCAUUCUGAGCGACACCAUCACGGCCAUAGGCGUGAGCGCGCUGUCGACCGUCUUCGAGGAAGGUCACGUCGGCGUCCUGAACACUCUCCAGCUCGUGCACACCAAACCUUCGACAUCGAUCUCGAAGAAAGGGGCGGAAGCCGUGGCCAGAACUCUGACGGCGGGGCACGUGACGCAUCUGGAAGAGCUCAUGCUCGGGGGCUUCGAGUCCGGAGCGGCCAUCACCAGCGCGCUGGAAUCGUGCCCCUUCCCGGCCCUCAAGACGCUUCGGCUCGUGGACACGAACUUGAGGGCGGACGAGGGGCUGAGCAUCGGGCGGGCGAUCAUGAAAAACCAUCUCCCCUCGCUCUCGAUCCUCGAUCUCAAGGACAGCGUGCUCGGGGUCGAGGGCUUGACGGGCCUGACGGCGGGCUUCGAGUCCGGGAACGCGGCGAGUUUGUACAUUCUGCAUCUGCUGCUGCGGAGCGACGACGAGGUGAUCGCCGUGGCCAAAGCGCUGGCCGGGAACCAUCUGCCGAAUCUUGACACGCUGGAGGUGCAAGGGCUGAUCUGUACGUUCGGGAGCAAGGGCGCACAGGCUUUGGUCGAGGCGUACAGGGAGAACAGCGCUCUGCACGCCAAGCUGGAGAUGUCGUGGCCCAUGGGCAAGCCGUGGUACAAAGCGUGGAGCGAAAUCUGGGAGAACAACUACUACGCGUGGCGCGGCAUCGACCGAAGCCGAAUCACGCACUGCUGCAUACGCAAGCCUCGCGACGAGGGCGAGUGCGGAGUCAGCUGCCACGCCAGCGACUGCGAGGGCGAAAAGAACGAGGACGACCUUGCGUCGGAAUGCGCCACGACCGUCGAUCAGACCGCGUUCGAGAUCGAUGCCAACGAAAUCGUGGCGACCAAUUUUGUUCCGGACAAAGACGGGGCGAGCAGCGCCAACGGCACCGCCGCGCAGAAGAAAUAGCUCUCCAUCCAUGUUCGUCCGUCCGGCGGCUCCAACGCUGUAGGAGCUAUUACUUUCCCGGUGGACCCGGUCGGUAGCCUGGAGCUCGGCGAGUAUCGAGGGAUCGCACGGUGACCGACAUCGCCGGCAGAGCGGACUCAGUCCCCGGAUCCGUGCUCGCGCUGUGGCUGAUGCUGAAAGGGAGAUCGUGCUUUCAUUUCCCGCCCCCCAACGUGGUCGGUCUCGUGCCCGUGGUUUCCAAUGUAGAUCUGACCACAGUAGACUGUGCUGUACGUAGUGCGGCAAGUACGAUGUAUGAAAAUGAAAGAUACAUAAAAUCGGAUUUACCAUCGGAUAUUGACUGGAACUUUAAGUCCGAAACCGCUCGCCUUCCAAAACCUCCAUAUUGUUUCAGAAUCCGGAAGUUCUCGAUCCCUCGUAGAGCCGAGCCAUCAGUGUCUCGAGUGUGGUACAAGCAGAGAGUGCCGGAAAGGAGAAAUCAUUUCAGUUCCAUUUUCAAGGCCAUCGCUGUAAUGAUAGAAGAUCGAAACCUCGCAACGAGUACAAUUACUACAUCUCCUGCUGGCCCAAAGAAUCAGAAAUGUGUUUAGUACUUGUCGAUAGAGAUUUUAGAAAUACUUCGUUUGGGGGGGAUUUCUUCAGCUGCUAAUAUUAUCGAGCAGUCCGAAUGCAGAACGGGAGUUUGCUCAUGGAUUUUCAGACCACGCUGUUCUGCUCGUGUCCCAGGACACCAUCAGAACAUCCACUCUUUCUUCGUCAAGUGGCUUCGCCCCUGGAAAGUCUAGAUCGGGCUUGGUCCGUCGCAACCAGUGCGUGCCUCUGGAUCCUCAUUCGUCGUGCCAGUAGUAACUGAUUACGACUUUCCUUGACCUCCAGUGAAUUUCCUCGGCUUUGUUUCGUGUGUGAUGUUUUUGGCAUCACUUCUUUUAUACCAUGCAUCUCCUCUCUUCAUCAAAAUUACAAGAGGUCAAAAUCUGCUGCAACGCCGCAGUCUGGCGAGGCUAGACGAGGAAAUUGAUCAUGGGUCAACUGGGUUCUAUGAGCGUGGAUCACCGGCACCUCAGUGCGUUUGCUGACAGGAUGGAUCGAUAGAGUUUAGAGCGUAAGCAGAAUGCAAAAUGCGAUGGGAAUGGCGUUAAUAUUCGCAGUCGGGAAGGGGAUCAGGUGCUUCAAAACAUAUCUCAAGAGAUUCAGUGGUGAAAAACACAUAUCUAGUCCACAGUGUUCUGAAGUGUUUCACUUUGGAAACUUGUAAGAAGCCUAUAAAGCAUCAGCUCUAUUGAGGUGUGGACUCCACAACUCGAACCGUGAAGGAAAACGACGUCGACUCUUCUUCUUCAUUUAGGAUCGCAAAGGCUCAAAUUUUUGCAGCAAUAUAUGAUUCUGAUAUCGACUUUUGAGGUUAUGAAAGCCAG